AUGGGGAGGGUGCUUGGGGGGGACCUUACCACGCGCUCCGGCCCCAUCAGGGAAAUCUCUGCGCAAGACUUAAGUCCGUGGGUGGUGAUGAUGGUGGUAACGCCGAGGUCAACGUCCUUUUCUGUAGCUCUCGUAGUCCAUCAUCGCUUUGACAGCCUGGUAAAUUACACGGCAUGGUCCAUUAAAACACGCUGCAAUCUCCUGCACCAGACCCUCUCCCAUUGCCCUCCCUACCUGGAGACCUUA